GAAUCUUAGAAAUGUCCUAAAAUCCUAGGAACAGCCUAAAGUCCUAGAAAUGUCCCAAAACAGUAGAAAUGUCUGCCAGUUGUCUCUAUAAAUAUGCAAAAAUCCUAGAAAUGUCCUUAACUCCUAUAAACAUGUAUGGGGCUGCUGCUACUGGCCCCUGGCCUCCUGACAUUUUCCAUAAGUGGCCCCAAACAUAGCAAGUUGAGUAUCCCUGUUUAGAGGGUCUCUUUCCCUGCCCCCCAAGUUGAUUUUGAGUGACUGGUAGUCUACAGGCUCUUUUUUCCUCUGCUGAGGAGAUGGGAAAUACUCCGGUGACAGCAUUGUUCAGGUUUCUCUGCUCUCCUCCAGCACUUGACUUUACUCUGAUUUGAGGAAGAGAGGGAGAGAGAGAGAGAGGGAGAGAAGAGGGGGGUGGAGGAGUGGUGAUUGAGCGCAAAGGGGGCAGGACUUUUUCUCUCCGGGUCCUAUUAAGAGCAAACUUUGUGUUUUUGUUCUCCAAGUUCAGCUCAGUGCUCUCCAGCCUGCACACUGUUCCUCUCUGCUGCUGUGCUUUUUCCAUUUUUUUCUCCUCAAUGGUUUUGUUUGCUCGCCUGUUGGUUACUACUGUGACUGUUUUCAUGGGGGAUUUGGACAGCGGGAGGAUGCGCUUUUUGGAAGAGCACAUAAAAGUUGUCUCUUCGAGGUUGUUUUAGUGGAUACUUUGAUGUGUUUCGGGUUGAACAAUGGUGCGGAUCCUUGGAGCUGUGGCCGAGGGCAUGCUCUGGUUUCGGCUACUGUUGCUGUGCGCAGUGGAGUUGGAGCUGGGAGCUGGGCUGACUACUUUCCAGGGUUUCUAUCUUCCACCUGCCAACGGGUCGCUGCUCACACCUGCCCGGAGGACGGACGGGGUGGUGCGGACCAUUGACCGGAUUUACCACGGAGGAGGGAAGGUGGGCUACCUGGUGUACCUGGAUGGGAGCCGGUUUCAGCUGGACAUGGAGCGGGACGAGUCGGUGCUGUCGCAUCACUUCAGCUCCCAGUAUGUGCGGGCGAUGAUGGGAGAGAGCCCUCUGCAGCGCGAGUGCGCAUACCGCGGGACAGUGGACUCCAACCCGGAGUCCCUGGCUGUUUUCAACCUCUGCGGCGGGGGUCUCGAGGGCUUCUUCGCCGUGGACCACGCGCGCUACACUAUCACGCCUAUCAUCAGGGCGAAGGGACACGAGCACGACGUGCGCGCCCUGCAGGACAAAGACGCGGAGAGCGCGCUCCAUGUCUUCACGCGCGAGAGUUUCAGCUUUGAGGCUAUGCGCGAGGGGCGCGAGAGUUGCGGGACGCGAGACGGGCGUAGGGGACGCAGGGAUGCGGCGGGCAAACGCCGGCUCAGAGCGCGCGGGAAGGGGAGACGGGACAGGCUCGCGGCGGAGAGCGCAGGUGACCAUGGCGCGCGCGGGCGAACGUGGUGGAGCCGGCUCGCCAAAGCUGCCGCUCCGCAGGCUGGCACGCGAAGUAAGAGGUCUGUGUCCCGCGCCAGACACGUGGAGCUGCUCCUGGUGGCCGACGACACCAUGACCAAGAAAUACGGCAAGGACUUGAACCACUACCUGCUCACACUGGCCUCCAUCGCCUCUAAACUGUACGGGCACGCGAGCAUCGAGAACCCCAUCCGGCUGUCGGUGGUCAAAGUGACCGUGGUCACCGAGAAGGAGAAGGGGCUCGAGGUGACCAAAAAUGCCGCUGCGACGCUUAAGAGUUUUUGCAAGUGGCAGAACCAGCAGAACCCGCUGGACGACGACCACCAGCACCACCACGACGCCGCCAUCCUCUUCACCAGGCAGGUAAACAAACUCCCCUCACUCUCUGCACCUCCACCUGUCCGCUCCUGGCAGCUGGCAGGCGCCUGGUCUGCCUCUCCUCCGUCCCACACAGCGGAGCAGAGGCGGCUUAGCGCCCCGGUGUGAUGCCAAGGCGGCAGAGUGACGCCACGGUUUGUUUUGGUUGUGAUGGUGCACGCGGUGGCAGAUGUAGCUAAGCACUUGGCAGAUUGUGGAUGGAUUAUUACAAACA